AUGAUUCCCUUAAGACAAUUAGUGUAUAAGAGCUUGCCUAGGACUAGUAUUCUCAGGACUAGAGCUCAGGUUUUGGUAGGUAGUCGUUUCCAAUCAACUGUUCAAACUCCAAAUAAUGAAGUGAAAGUUGUGAAUGAAAAACAGCCUUUCCAAGGAAAAAGAAAGGCAUCCAAGUUCAAACCUGUAAAUAACAAAUUAAGGGACAUUAGUAGCCAAAUUCGUGCAUCUGUGAACUCAUCCAGCAAUGACUUAACAGAAUCUAUUGAAAUUUUAGAGGAAGGAUUGAGCUAUUUGCGUGAAAUUCAACAAGUGGAAGGUCUUAGUGAUGAGACUAUUUUCUCAAUUUUCCAACCAAUUUUAGCUUCUAUUAUAGAUAAAUCUUUGGAUCCAUCGUAUAAUAAUACCGGUAGCAGAUCAGUCAAUGAAAUUUUGGAUAUUUUCAUUUCAUAUAAUGUUGCCCAUGCAUAUCAUUUCAGUAGGGCCAUGAUUCAUGAAUUGAAAAGUGGCGAAGAAAGAAAAGUUAUGUAUGAGAAUGUUUUACAAUAUUGGGUUAAGUUCAUUGAAUAUUCAAAGACUUCUAAUAAUCCAUAUGUAUUUAAGAUGUACAGGGUUUUAAGAGAAAAUAGCUUCCAUCAGCAUGACAUCAAGAACCUUGCUUACUAUGCAUAUGUUCAAUCAUGUUUAUUGCAAGACCUUAAAUAUGAUUUCAAAGAUGCAUUGAAAUUAUUACAAACUGAGGAAUUACCAGAAAUUUUUCAAAUUAAGAGAACUAUUAUGUCAUUAGGUUUAAAUAAGUCAUUAAGUAAAGACUUCCAAUUAUUCGAAAAGAAAUUAGAAGCAUUCAACCUUGAAUCGUUGGAUCCUAAUGGAUCUAUUAUUAUUAAUAAGAUCAACAAUGCUAUUAUUCAUUCCGAUACUAACUUACUCAAUAAAGUAUAUGAACAAAUGCAAGAUGCCUCAAUCAAAAACAAUAAACCAAUAAAUGAAAAUACUUUAAUUAGAUUAAUGAAUGGCUAUUAUGAAUGUCAAUCGCAUUCCAAAGUCUUCCAGGUUUUCCAACAAAUGAUUCAGAACGGUAUUGAAAAGCCAAGUAUAGCUUCUUGGGACUUUGUCAUAAGAUCAAUGGGCCAUCCUAGCUAUAUUCGUGGUUUGACGAAAGAACAGAGAGACACAACUGUUACUAAUAUCGAGAGAACAGUCCAAACUAUUGUUGGCAAUGGUACAGAAUUAACCCCUAAGACCUUGUCAAUUAUUGUAGGUUGUUUUGCAAACUUGAACAGAUUUGACAAAGUCGACGAAUAUUUGAAUAAAUAUAGUACUGAAGGUGAAGGUUCUUUGAAAGUCAUUCAUACUGCCAAUAACAAUAUUUUGAUUGGGCUCUUAUUAAAUAAGAAAAUUGCUGAAGCUGAGCAAAAAUUGAAAGAAUUAAUGGCCAAUGGAUCUAACUACGUUCCUUCAACAACCACAAUGAAUUCCUUCAUUAACCAUUACGCUAAGACUAAGAAUUAUAAAGCUGUUGAUGGUAUUUUGAAAUUUAUGAAACAAUAUAAUAUACCUGAUGAGGUUGGUACCUAUACCAUUAUAAUUGACUUAUAUUUCAAAUUACAUCGUGAGAAAGGUUUUGCUCCAGAUAUUCAAGAAUUAUUAUCCAGCUUUAAAAAUGCAGGUGUUAAUGGUCUUCAAAUCAAUGAGUAUACUCUUGCUACUCUUAUCGAUGGGUUAGUCAAAGAUGGUACUAAUUUAGCAGCCGCAAGGGUAUUGUACGAUCAUAUUUCCAAGAAGAACAAGCUCUCACCGCAAACCAUGACGUCAAUGAUGAAAGGUGAAUUAGAUUAUGGGUUAAUUGGUAAUGCGGAGACAAUUUUUGACAAAUACAUUAAAACAGUGAGAAAUGACGCUAGAAUUUGGAAUUUAAUGAUCAAAUCUUUAUUAGCCAAGCAUGACAAUUUAGCUUUAGAUUACUAUUUGAGAUUCAAGGAACAAUCUAAGUUGAACUUGAAGGUCCAACCCAAUUAUUAUACCUUUUAUUUCUUACUUUCUCAUUUCUUGAAGAAGGGUAAGACAGAACAGGUUCAGUUUUUGAUAAAUGAAAUGUCAAAUAUGACUAGUAGCGAAUUAGGGUAUGAAUUACCAAAGAUUCUUCGCUCAUUGACAGAUAAGUAUAAGAUUCCAUCAAAUUUAUUACACGAAAUUAAUAAGUCUAAUUAA